AAAAUUACAACUUCAUGGUCAAAAUUGGUCAUUUCAAUUCGGACCAACUUCAGAGUCCCAAGUCUCCUCUCUCGCUGCAUUUGAUGGCUCCGAAACCUGUUACUAGUCCCGUUCCUGAAGCGUGGUACUCAACCAUUGCGCUCUCAGUGAUCGCUCCGAUGGCCUCUUCGUUGCCGCUUCGAUUUUCAUCUAUGAAGCUACAUCUUCUAGAAAAUCCGUAUUCUGGCCAAGGAACUUACUGGAGGUGCAGUCGCCUUUGUCUUCUUGUGGAGCUCACCGUUCCUCGGUCAAAACAUUGAUAUCUCGUCAGAAUGUCAAAGGCUGUGCUGUUGUUUUUAUGUUUGUUUUCAUGGGUUUGUUUUGCAACGGACUCUGUGACUUAUGAUCGCAAAGCCGUGAUCAUUAAUGGCCAGAGAAGAAUUUUGAUUUCUGGCUCUAUUCAUUACCCAAGAAGCACACCCCAGAUGUGGCCGGGCCUCAUACAGAAGGCCAAAGAUGGAGGGUUGGAUGUUAUUGAUACAUAUGUAUUCUGGAAUGGCCAUGAACCUUCUCCUAACAAGUAUCAUUUUGAGGAUAGAUACGAUUUGGUGAAAUUUAUAAAGCUGGUUCAGCAAGCAGGCUUAUAUGUUCAUCUCCGUAUUGGUCCAUAUGUCUGUGCAGAAUGGAACCUUGGUGGAUUUCCUGUUUGGCUGAAGUUUGUUCCUGGCAUUUCCUUUAGGACAGACAAUGAACCCUUCAAGGAGGCUAUGCAAAAAUUUGUUACGAAGAUUGUCGAUUUGAUGAAGUUUGAGAAGCUGUAUCACUCCCAGGGAGGACCUAUUAUUAUGUCUCAGAUUGAGAAUGAAUAUGGCCCAACGGAAUGGGAAAUAGGUGCCCCUGGUAAAUUUUACACCAAAUGGGCUGCUCAAAUGGCAGUAGGCCUUGGCACUGGAGUGCCAUGGGUUAUGUGCAAGCAAGAGGAUGCCCCUGACCCUGUGAUUGACACCUGCAAUGGGUUUUACUGCGAAAAUUUCAAACCAAACCGGGAUUAUAAGCCCAAAAUAUGGACAGAAGUCUGGAGCGGUUGGUACGCUGAAUUUGGUGGCCCAAGACCUUACAGGCCAGUCGAGGACUUAGCCUUUUCUGUUGCAAAAUUCGUACAGAAUGGCGGUUCUAUGUUCAACUAUUAUAUGUAUCAUGGAGGAACUAACUUUGCGCGAACAUCUGGUGGGCCUUUCAUUGCCACUUCCUAUGACUUUGAUGCUCCGAUUGAUGAGUUUGGCCUUGUAAGGGAACCAAAAUGGAGUCAUUUAAAAGAGUUGCACAAAGCUAUCAAGAUGUGUGAACCCGCUUUAGUAUCAGUAGAUCCUACCGUUACUUGGCUAGGGAAAAAUCAAGAGGCUCGUGUCUUUAAGUCAAGUUCUGGGUCAUGUGCUGCCUUCCUAGGAAAUUAUGACACAUCAUCUUCUGCAAUGGUCAGCUUUUGGAACACCCAAUACCACCUACCACCAUGGUCCAUCAGCAUCCUUCCUGACUGCAAAUCUGUAGUGUUCAACACUGCAGAGGUUGGGGUUCGAAGUUCGAAUAUUCAGAUGACGCCAGUUACUUCAUUUGGGUGGCAAUCAUACAAAGAAGAAAUUGUUACUCCUUAUGCUCAGGAUACAAUAACCAAGAAUGGGUUAGUGGAGCAAGUUCAUGUCACCUGGGAUACAACAGAUUAUCUGUGGUACAUGACAGAUAUAAAAAUUGAUCCAAGUGAAGGAUUCCUGAAAAGCGGAGAGUGGCCUCUUCUCACCAUCUUUUCAGCAGGCCAUGCUUUGCAUGUUUUCAUAAAUGGCCAGCUAUUCGGUACUGUAUAUGGGAGUUUGGAGAAUCCCAAAUUGACAUUCAGUAAAUACGUUCAACUAAAGGCAGGAGAUAACGAGCUUGCCAUACUCAGUGUUGCUAUUGGUCUUCCGAAUGUUGGCCUGUAUUUCGACACUUGGAAUGUUGGCGUUUUAGGCCCGGUGACGUUGAAGGGUCUGCAAGAGGGCACAAGAGACAUGUCGGGAUAUAAAUGGUCAUACAAGGUUGGGUUAAGAGGAGAACUCAUGAAUCUUCAUUCUGUUCGUGGAAGUAACUCAGUUAGAUGGGCAAAAGGGAAAUGGUUGGUUGAAAAAGAACCCCUCACCUGGUACAAGACCACUUUUACUACCCCGGGAGGCAAUGAACCACUAGCUUUAGAUUUGAGCACAAUGGGUAAAGGUCAAAUAUGGGUUAACGGUCGAAGCAUCGGUCGUUAUUUUUCGGGUUACAUCGCGCACAGCGGUUGUAACAACUGCACUUAUCCUGGAAUCUUUACUGAGAAGAAAUGUCUUUCUAACUGUGGAGAGUCCUCUCAAAGAUGGUACCACGUUCCUCGCGAAUGGUUGCUAUCGAGCGGCAACUUACUGGUAGUUUUUGAAGAAUUUGGUGGAAAUCCUGGUGGGAUUUCUUUGGUUAAGAGAACUACGGUGUGAUGAUACCCACCCAUAAGCAUAAGUUUUUUGCUUGCUUGUGUAUAGAAAUAAAUGUUGUUCUUGGGUUCUUCAAAACUUUGAUCCAAAAUUCAAUCCGUUAUGCAUUUAUUUGAUCCAUUUGUUAUGUUUGAAUACAAUAUAAGUUUAAUAUAUAGAAUAUUUUAUGUA